AUGUCUGGAAAAGGCACAAUUAAGCCUGAACCUAAAAUUGCAGCUGUUACCGAAACUGACAUAAAGCCUCUUAAACUUGUGGGAGGUCAAAAACAAACUAAAACGACAAAAGCUUCUACGAAUAAAAAGGGCUUAAAAAGAAAAGCCGAACCAUUAGAAACUCAACCACCUGCACAGGUAACUAUGGAACGACGGACUCGUGUCAUCCGAGUUCCCAAAAAGAACGGUUGUGAACACGUAACUCUUUCCGAAGAAAGUGGGUGCGAACAUUUGAAGGUUUACAAAAAGAACAAUAAAGAUACCUAUCUUGAUAAUUUUAAUAUCAUUGCAGAAUUAUCAAUGCAUUGGUAUCAUAUUGGCCUUCCCGCCCCACAAGAAGGAAACCCCAACGGGCGUAGCCUUUGUCCUCAAAAAUGUUUUGUAUGCAAAACCAGAGAAGGCAAAUUGCACGCCUGUAUUGAUUGUGUUUUUAUAGGCUGCCAUAGAAUAAAUAAUCGAAGCCACGCCAUAGACCAUUAUCAUAACGAAGGGCAUACAUUUGCCGUAGAUGUAGUUAGAUUGGAUUUGUUCUGUUACAGGUGUGAUGACUACAUCUACGACUCUGCAUUUCGCAGAUCUAAGAUCCAACAAGAAGUACACGCGUCGGAGAAAGAAUCGAACCGCAAGGAUCCUAAUUCAAAACGUGCUCGAUAUGUUUCGUGGGUACCUACUAAAGAAGAGACCGAAAAAAUCCGUAAAAACUCGACACUCGUCCCUUGUUCUGGACUAAGAGGCCUCUAUAAUAUGGGGGCAACUUGUUUUAUGAACGCGGUUUUGCAAGUGUUCAUUAAUAAUCCUAUUAUUAAAAAUUAUUUCAUGAGCGAUAAACACAAUAAAGCACUUUGCGAGACUGCGGGUUGCAUGUGUUGCGAGUUCGAUAACCUAUUCCAAGAAUUCUUUUCUGGGGAAACGAAACCAUACCCUCCAUGCAGCUUUCUCCACGCAAUGUGGCUCAGUUCUACGGAACUUGCGGGAUACAAUGAACAAGAUGCUCACGAAUUCUAUAUGGCAGCUAUUAAUAAAAUGCACUCAGAUUCUAAAGAAAAGACCGCAGACGAUCUGAAUAAAAUUGAUAUCAAAUGUGAAUGUAUCAUGCAUAAAACAUUUGGCGGUCUUUUCCAAUCUCGAAUAAAAUGCAAAAAGUGUAAUAGGGUGUCAAUAAUUUUUGAACACUUAGUCGAAUGGCAAAUCCACCUCCGAGGAAACGGAAUUGUAAAGAAAAAGGGUGGUGUCAACGGAGGUUCUAAAGCAUCCAAUGAAGUCACUGAAACAAAAAAUUCGCUCUUUGAUUGUCUCGAUAGAUGUACAGCAGAAGAACAACUUGAAGGAUACACUUGUGAAAAAUGCCAUGAACAAAAGAACACUAAAAGGAUCAGUUGCAGGAAACUUCCACCUGUCCUUGUUUUUAUUGUUGAACGAUUUCAACGUACCACCAGAACAACGUCAAAGACAUCAAAGAACGAAGAAGAAUUUGAAUUUCCGGAGGAGAUCGACAUGGCACCAUGGACAAGCAGAGCAGAAGAAGUUCUUGAAGCCGGUGGUUCAUUAGAUGAUUUACCCGAAUAUAAAUACAAAUUAAUUUCUGUAGUAAAUCACGAAGGAAAAAUCAACACCGGUCAUUAUACUACAUAUUGUAAAAACCGAGGGCAGUGGUUCUUGUUUGAUGAUCACGCGGUCAAGCUCGCAAACGUUGAAGACGUAUUACAAAGUAAACGAAAAGCUUAUUUAUGUUUCUAUAUGGCCGAAACAAUAGAAUACGAUCAGGCUCAAGAAAUGGCUAUCGGCUAA